GUUAUCUAGGCGGCCAUGGCACAAGAGUUCAGCCUUCACGCGAUUGAGUAUUAUAACUCGAAUCCUGUUACGCGGCAAUUGCUGCCGCCAAAGGAUGAAACAAGGACCGAGCAUGAUCACUGGGUAGUAAAACUCUUUGACAAGAAUAUUCCGGAAAAGGAUAUCGAGACAGCGCACGUCGCACUCAAUCCUGUUCUAGAACUACGGCCUAGUGCACUUGACCUUCUGAAGUAUGGCUAUAUCUAG